CUCAAAUGGCUCCUGCAAAGAAAGGUGGCGAGAAGAAGAAGGGACGCUCUGCCAUCAAUGAGGUGGUAACUAGGGAAUAUACCAUCAACAUUCACAAGCGGAUCCAUGGCGUGGGCUUCAAGAAACGAGCACCGCGUGCUCUCAAGGAAAUCCGUAAAUUUGCGAUGAAGGAAAUGGGUACUCCUGAUGUUCGCAUUGACACCAGACUGAACAAAGCGGUCUGGGCAAAAGGAAUAAGGAAUGUUCCUUACCGUAUCCGUGUGCGUUUGUCCAGAAAGCGCAAUGAGGAUGAAGAUUCACCAAACAAGCUAUACACACUGGUUACCUAUGUACCAGUCACAACAUUCAAAGGUCUACAGACAGUCAAUGUGGAUGAAAAUUAAAUGGAUUUUCAUACAAUAAAA